ACCCCGCCGCCCAGGCCGGCGCGGGGUGCGCGGGGAGCGCGGGGAGCCGAGAACCCCGCCCCGGGUGCCGGGCGGAGGCGGGAGCCGGGGCCGCAGGAGUCUGACGGAGCGCAGGGGACGCGCCCGUCCUUCCCGGAGGCGACGGGACUCCAUCCUGGCUCGGGAGGGGAUCCCAGAAGUGGACAGAGCUGCUCUUUCCUUGAGGAAGCCGCCGCCCUCCGGCCGCGCUCUGCGGACUCUUGAGGACCUCGCAGUCGGCGCGGAGUGGUCCUGCCCGCGGGGCGCACAUCCCGGCCCCGGCCCACACCGAGCGGGGCGUCCUGACGCGCGGGAGCCCGGGGCGCGCUAGGGGCGGGGAGCCGCGGGCUGCAGCUACCCCGCGCCCGGCCGGACGGUUCUCUCCACUCACCCGGGCCCUGACCGUGGACCGCGGCCCGGCCCCUCUGCCUGGGGCUCCUGCAGACCGAAGGCACCCUCCGCCUGCUAGAGACCCAGCUUCGGGGGCAGAGGUGCUUGCCCGAGGGGGAGGAGACGACUCUGGCUUGGGAGAGGCUCCUCCCCUCCUCCCCCGGACAGCGGGCAGGGUGUGGGGGCCGUGCCACCUCCCCCAGGUAGGGCCUCCCUCUCCUCCACCCUCUGCGCCCCGGCCUCAGGGGACCCAGUGCCCCUCGCCAGCUUGGGAGGCUCGACCAAGUACCGGAAGAGCCGCUGAGGAUGAGACCUGUCACCUGCCUCUGAAGAGGGGACUCCCUCCAACCCCAAACUCCAGGACCCGGCUGUUUCAUCCUAUUGCUCGGGGAAACUUCGAGACAGAGCCCAGAAGUACCAUGGCUUCCGACCUGGAGAGCAGCCUUACCUCCAUAGACUGGCUCCCUCAGCUGACUCUGCGGGCCACCAUCGAGAAGCUGGGAAGCGCCUCACAGGCGGGGCCUCCGGGGGGCAGCCGCAAGUGUUCCCCGGGCUCACCUACUGAUCCUAGUGCCACCCUGAGCAAAGACGAGGCUGCUGUCCACCAGGAUGGCAAACCACGAUACAGCUAUGCCACCCUCAUCACCUAUGCCAUCAACUCAUCUCCAGCCAAGAAGAUGACCCUGAGUGAGAUCUACCGCUGGAUCUGCGAUAACUUCCCCUACUACAAGAACGCUGGCAUUGGCUGGAAGAAUUCCAUUCGGCACAACCUAUCUCUCAACAAGUGCUUCCGGAAGGUGCCCCGACCUCGGGAUGACCCUGGGAAGGGCUCUUACUGGACAAUUGACACCUGCCCUGACAUUUCCCGGAAGAGGAGACACCCACCGGAUGAUGAUCUCUCCCAAGACUCCCCAGAACAGGAGGCCAGCAAGAGCCCUCGGGGAGUCAUCCCAGGGGGUGCAGAAGCCUCCCUGCCUUCUGAGGGGAACCCCCAGGGGCAGCUCCAGAGCCCUGCUUCUGUGGCCGGCUACAACCAGGGCGCAGGGUCUGUGGAUGGCGGCGUGGUGGCUGCAGGGGCUACUGGACGAGACAGCACGGAGGGUCCGCCUCAGCUCUAUAACACCAACCACGACUUCAAGUUCUCCUACUCGGAGAUCAACUUCCAGGACCUGAGCUGGUCCUUCCGCAACCUGUACAAGUCCAUGCUGGAGAAGUCCUCCUCCUCUCAGCACGGCUUCUCGUCGCUCCUGGGGGACCUGCCGCCCUCCAACAACUACUACAUGUACCAGCAGCCUCCACAGCCUCCACCCCCUGCCCAGCAGGCGCAGCCACCUCCACAGCAGCAGCAGGGGCAGGCCCAGGGCCCCUCAAGUGUAGGGGGUGCCCCACCCCUGCAUACCCCAAGCCCGGACAGCUGUACCCCACCAGGGGCUAAGCCAGGGGGCGCUGAAGGCUACGGGCCGCCUCCCGUGAUGGCCUUGCACGCAGCGCCGCAGCUGCAGCACAGUGCCUACCAUACCCAUCAGCACCACCCACACUCGCACCCUGCCCCACAGUCCCAACAGCAGCCGCAGGCGCAGGGCCAGGCGCCCAUCAACAGUCCAGGCUUUGCAUUUCCUCCUGACUGGUGCUCCAACAUCGAUUCCUUAAAGGAGAGCUUCAAAAUGGUGAAUCGGCUCAACUGGUCCAGCAUCGAGCAGUCACAGUUCUCAGAGCUGAUGGAGAGUCUACGGCAGGCAGAGCAGAAGAACUGGACCCUUGACCAGCAUCACAUUGCCAAUCUGUGUGACUCCCUCAACCACUUCCUCACUCAGACGGGUCAUAUCCCCCCCCAGGGGGGCUCCCACCGAUCGGCGGCUCCUGCCCGCAUCGCUGAUUCAUGUGCCCUCACCAGUGGCAAACAGGAGCCAGCCAUGAACCAAGUGAACUCCUAUGGGCACCCACAAGCCCCCCACCUCUACCCUGGCCCGUCACCCAUGUACCCAAUUCCCACCCAGGACUCUACAACCUACAGUCGCCCAGCGCACCACAUGGUCCCUCGGCCUCCAGUCCCGCCUCCGGGUGCCAGUGAGGAGAUCCCUGAUGACUUCGACUGGGACUUGAUCACUUAAUGCAUCAGAGCGUGGAUAUCAGCCCAGGGCCUGGUGGCGAAGUCUGGCCAGGGAAGAGAGCAGCCCGCCUGCCCCCUCCACCUGUACAUAGAUAUAUAUCCUCUUUUUGUUCUUUCUCUGUCAGAGAAGCCACCACAAGAUGCUGCCGAAGAUACUCCCCUUUCUUGCCUCAUUUUUCUCUCUUCCUUUCUGUUUUGUCUUCAUUCUUUUAAUAUUAUUCUAAUUAUA